AUGACUGCUGUUCUAUUUCUCUGCUUCUUCCUCCUCUGUUUCUCCUUCACCCCUUCCCUGCAACACGUCAGCGAAUCCGAGCCGCUUGUGCGUUUCAAGACUUCCGUAAAUAUAACCAAAGGGGAUUUAAAUUCAUGGAGAACUGGAACCGAUCCUUGCAAUGGCAAAUGGUUUGGGAUAUAUUGCCAAAAGGGUCAAACUGUCUCCGGCAUUCACGUCACUCGGCUUGGUCUCUCCGGGAUCAUUGACGUGGAGAAUUUAAAGGAUCUCCCAAACCUAAGGACAAUAAGGCUCGACAAUAAUCUUCUUUCAGGCCCGCUCCCUCCUUUCUUCAAGCUUCAUGGCCUCAAAUCGCUCUUAUUGUCAAACAACAGCUUUUCGGGAGAGAUUGCUGAUGAUUUCUUUAAGGACACGCCACAGCUCAAGCGGGUGUUUUUCGAUAACAAUCGUUUCACCGGGAGAAUUCCCACCUCUGUGAUGCAGCUCGCAGGUCUCGAGGAGCUGCACUUGCAAGGCAACGAAUUCUCUGGGGAGAUCCCUUCGCUUACAGAUAGCAACAAGAUUUUAAAAUCCCUCGACCUCUCCAACAAUAACCUGGAAGGAGAGAUCCCAAAGAGCAUAGGAGAACGAAAGAAUCUACAGAUGAACUUCCAAGGGAACGAAAAGCUUUGUGGGCAGCCGCUGAAUAUCAAAUGCGAUCAUAAACCAUCAUCCACAGGGUCAGGGAAAGACCCAAAUGAGGUGACGGGGAAAGCCAUCUUUAUGGUCAUCUUCUUUCUUUUAGUAUUUUUGAUCGUGGUGGCAAUUAUAACAAGAUGGAAGAAGAAGCGGCAACCCGAGUUCCGGAUGCUCGGCAAGGACCACUUAAGCGACCAUGAAAGCGUGGAAGUGCGUGUCCCAGAUUCAAUAAAAAAGCCUAUUGAGUCUAGCAAGAAGCGGAGUACCACGGAUGGUUCUUCCAAGAAAGGUUCAACGCAUCAUGGGAAAGGUGGAGCAGGUAACCCUGGAGGAGGUGGCAUGGGAGACAUUAUAAUGGUGAACAGCGAGAAAGGCUCAUUUGGUUUACCCGAUCUUAUGAAGGCUGCGGCUGAGGUGCUAGGUAACGGUAGCCUUGGAUCAGCCUAUAAGGCGGUGAUGGCCAACGGAUUAUCCGUGGUUGUAAAGAGAAUUAGGGAUAUGAACAAGCUCGCACGUGACGCAUUUGAUGUUGAGCUGCAACGGUUUGGGAAAUUACGACACCCUAAUGUUCUUACCCCGUUAGCAUAUCAUUACCGUCGCGAAGAAAAGCUUGUCGUCUCCGAAUACAUGCCUAAAAGCAGUCUCCUCUACGUUUUGCACGGAGAUCGAGGGAUUUAUCAUUCUGAGUUAACUUGGCCAACAAGAUUGAAGAUCAUACAAGGUGUUGCUCGCGGAAUGCAAUUCUUGCACGAGGAAUUUGCAUCAUAUGAGCUUCCGCAUGGAAAUCUCAAAUCUAGCAACGUUCUAUUAAGCGAAACCUAUGAGCCUUUGAUAAGUGAUUACGCAUUCCUCCCCCUUCUCCAGUCUAACAACGCCUCACAGGCUUUGUUCGCAUUUAAAUCCCCCGAGUUUGCUCAAAAACAGCAGGUUUCACCAAAAUCAGAUGUGUAUUGCCUCGGAAUCAUCCUUCUUGAGGUUUUGACGGGAAAAUUCCCUUCUCAGUACCUAAACAACGGAAAAGGCGGGACAGAUAUCGUUGAAUGGGUGCAAUCUUCUUUCGCACAACACAAAGAAGAAGAGCUUAUCGAUCCAGAGAUAGCGAGUAAUACUAAUUCGUUACAACAGAUGGUGGAAUUACUGCGGAUCGGGGCUACUUGUAUUGCAAGUAAUCCAGACGAGAGAGAAAACAUGAAGGAAACUGUUAGGAGGAUAGAAGGAAUAACCAUUUGA